AAAAAAAAAACUGAUCUACUUUCUCAAAUUCUGUUUUGCUCCGGUCUCUUUUAUCAAAUUUUCUCACGAAAAUGACGUGAUAUUAAUAAGAACAAUCGUCUGAGACUCCUUUCUUUUCUCUCUCGAUCUCUCCGCCUGUCUUCUCUUCUAUUGUUUUCCCAGAACCCAACAUUAACAAACAACUUCUUCAGAUUCCUUUCCGAUACUUCUCGAUCCUUUUCUCCUCUCGAACACACAUUUCUCUUUUGUUUUUGUCUUUUCCAUUUUCGGAUUUGAAUAGUUUGAUCUUCGGAAACCCAUAAUUGGCCUUCUUAUUGUAAUCGUUCGACGAAAUGAGCACCGGAGACCUUCUCAACAUCGAGCCUCUCGAGCUCAAGUUUCCCUUUGAAUUGAAGAAGCAGAUCUCUUGUUCGCUUCAAUUGUCCAAUAAGACCGAUAACUAUGUGGCUUUCAAGGUCAAAACUACGAAUCCCAAAAAGUACUGUGUCCGUCCCAACACUGGAAUUGUCUUGCCUCGUUCCACAUGUGAUGUUAUAGUCACGAUGCAAGCACAAAAAGAGGCCCCUUCAGACAUGCAAUGCAAGGACAAGUUUCUCCUUCAGAGUGUAAAAGUGAAUGAUGGUACUAUUGCCAAGGAUAUUAAUGCGGAGAUGUUUAAUAAGGAGGCAGGGCAUGUGGUUGAAGAAUGCAAAUUGAGAGUGGUCUACGUUUCUCCACCUCAACCACCUUCUCCUGUGGCAGAAGGAUCAGAAGAAGGGUCUUCCCCAAGGGGUUCUGUUUCAGAGAAUGGAAACGCCAAUGGUGCUGAAUUUGUGAAUGCUACAAGGGCUUUGGCCGAUCGGCUUGAUGUCCAGGACAAAUCUUCAGAGGCAAAAGCUCUUAUCUCGAGAUUGACUGAGGAAAAAAACAAUGCAAUUCAACAAAAUAGCAAGCUUCGUCAGGAACUGGAACUUCUGAGACGUGAGGGCAGCAAAAACCAUGGCGGAGGUGUUUCGUUCUUGUUCGUCAUCAUUGUCGGUUUGGUUGGCAUAAUUUUAGGAUAUCUCAUGAAGAGAACGUAAGCACCAGUCCGCUAGCAAUUCUUUCUGAUACUGCCUUGUCGGUUCCUUUUUUGACCCCAAAUUGUUGAAGAAUGAGGAGGGGACGAGAAGAAAGCAACUAAGAGGAGGUGGUGGUUUCUGUUAGUUGUUGUUGUUAGCCUUUGUGAAAGUAAGGACUUAGGUGGGUUGGUUGGUUGAUUGAUUGAUGGGUUGUUGUAGUUGUCGCUGGACUUUUGCGGUAGUUCUUUGGUAACUUAUGAUGAACUCCAGUAACAUGCCAUUCUUUUUGUAACUUAAAAGAAAGGAUGAUUUCAUUUUGCUUCUCUUGUGGUUCAACUAGGGAGAUUCUGUUAAACAGUCUCUCUCACGACUGUUAAUAAAUUUUAUACAUUUCCCGUGUGCCG